AUGAACUCAGACAGAAGAGACACUCAAAUCUCCAAAUCAUUGGCAUAUUUGCUACGACAUGGUGCCAUCAAGGAAGGGCUUCCCAUAGACGUCGACGGAUACGUUCCUAUCGACGUUCUACUUGCACAUAACAGGUUGAAAAGCCAAAACGCCACGAAGCUCGACGUUGACAGAGUUGUCGCGACAAACUCCAAGAAACGAUUUCAUGUGAAGACGGUCAACAAUGUUGGACUCAUAUGUGCGACUCAGGGCCAUUCUAUCGAACAAAUUGUUCCAACAAAAUCUGUCCUGGUACCUAUCACGGAUCCUCAGGAGCUGCCAGAAAAACUAAUCCAUGGAACCAACGUGGCAAAUUGUCUUGUAAUUUUGGAAACCGGCUAUAUUAAGAAAAUGCGUCGAAACCAUGUUCAUUUGGCUCCAGGUGUCACUGGAAUUGAUGAUAACGUGGUCAGUGGGAUGAGAAAUUCUAGUAACGUCCACAUUUAUCUUCAGCGCGACACCAUACUUGAAAAGGCGACACUAUUCAAAUCCUUGAACGACGUCUACUUGAGUGUUACUGAUAUUCCCAUCUCACUUAUCGAAAAGGUGACUAUUAAAGCUAAAAGGGGUGGAGAUAAAGACUCUAAAGCCCCGAAAAAGGUGCAAGAAUUGACCACACUGUUAGAGAAAAUGCAUAUACCAUACAAGAUGAUUUAA